CUUAGCCUGAAUGGGUCAGGGGACGCUGCCUCAGACGUAUGCUGGAUGUUUCGGCGCAGAUGCAUGAAGCGGACCAUUCAGUGGAGGUACGUACUGAACUUCCGCUAUUGAGGAGAGCACUCAUUUGCCUUGGCUGUGCUUAUAAAGGGACCCUGAUGGCCCCCCUUUCUCCUCCCCCUAUUGCCUGGUAUCUCGCGCUCCCUCGGUGAGUGAGAUCCAACUUGCCGCCUGUUUUUUCCGGGCUUACUCCUUUGACCCACUGCCGCUGCCGCUACCGACGCUCUGUUCUCCCUGAACUUGCUACUGCCAACACUUCGCGGUGUGACUUCACUCCCGCUUGCUUCAGCUUUCAGCUCU